AUGAAUGAAAUCAUGAAUCAAUUAAAUUAUGUAUUAGAGCAUUACUUGAAGUUGUACAAAGUGGUUCAAAUUAAGUUGCGACAUAAACCAUUAAUAACACUUUCUUCCGAUGAAGUUGAAAAAUAUAUUGCUGAAAUUGAAAAAGAAAAUGAAAUUGAAGCUGAAAAGAAAAAACAAGCAAAACAAAUAGGUAGUACAACUACUACAACAUCAACAUUAGCAACUCAAACAUCCAAAAAAGAACAAAAGAAAUGA